AUGGCUGGGCUAUGGCACCUGGACCAGCCCACCUGCUCCAGACGAACCACCCCGGCAGGAAUAGAUGGAGAAUGUGCCUUCCGCCGGGCCUAUGGGACAGACGAUGGCUGGCUCUUAUGCUCAGAGUGGGUCAAAGUGGCUGUGAAUGUGAGAACAAGCAUUGCAAACCACCUUACUCCUGUCCAGGUGACAGCUGAGCGAGCAACUUGGAUGGUGAGCAGACCUGUGCAUCAGCCUGUGGACCAUCUCUGGGUGACAUGGGCCACAGCCACCCUCCCUGCCGCUCCCCGUUUCCCUCAAAAGCGCAGUGUAGACUUUCCACCAGGGCCACUGGGGCCCUGUGAAUUGCCAUGGUCGGGUUGGGGGUGGGGGCCUGCAAGGACGCACAGAAGAUGUGGUCACAGCACAGCGGACAAUUCCCUGAGCAGGGCUGAGCUGCUUCACAGAAGCUUCCGGGAGCCCCUGACCCUCUGCUCCUUGACUGCCUCGAAAACCCUCCUAAGGAGCGGGUGA